AUGCCGUCACCAGCGCUGACGAAUCUUUCGACGCCGAGCAGACCCAGCUCCGGCGCCUCGUCGCCCGCUGCGGCCAACAAUCCUCAUUCUAUCCUGUCGCCCUUAUCCCAAGCCAGCAGUGCCCUAGACUCGCUAGCGGUCUCGGACACCGAGGAAACGGAGCACUCGAUGACGAGCAAGUCUCCGCUUGACGGCCAAGGCAGUGGGCCCGCAGGCACUCGAGAAGCAGCCAAGCAGUCAAACUCGAUUGACGAGCAUGAGGAUAAGCAUUUGCUGCCGCUCCAGCAGAUGCAGCAGCCUGCCAAACCUGCGGAGUAUGAUGAAAAGGGGGCAAGGAGACGAGAUAUCUAUGCGGCUGCCGCGUCUGCGAACAAGCGGACCCCGACGACGCCCAUACCCACUUCCUCCGGCGAAUCAUCAAGGCGACCGUCUGCUAACGGCGUCAGACCGACCGGAUUGACGCCCAGCACGGAGAUCACACCCUCCUCCUCGAAAAAGUCCUCAGAUUCUUCUGCGAAAAAGAACGAACAGCCUCUGAAGGAAGGACGGCAGCCUGUCGCAACAAAGGAGGCCUCUAUACCCACGCUGAAUCAUGCAACACCUUAUGGCUUCAUGCGACCCGGUCUGGUCUCCCACAUGUCUGUAGCGGGAAGCAUGAGCCCAACAUACGCUUCUACUCCUAUGACUUCACCACAAUCGACGCGUGUGCUGUCCGAAAGCCCCAAACUCGCCGGAACACCCUUGUCGACGUCGCAGACGAUAGAGCCGGAUCACAAGCCCAAGAAGAUUGUCGCCAUACCGGGCUUGCCGGCUAUAGAAGCUGCCAAACGGUUCGCAGCUUUCCAAGCUGUCGACAGGCAUGUCCUUCCGCACCACCGCGUCAUCGGCAUAGGAUCAGGUUCGACUGUCCCCUAUGUCAUCGAGAGAAUAGUAGACCAAGGACCAGAAGUCAAUGAGAAGCGCUGGUUCGUCCCGACAGGCUUUCAAAGCAAGCAGUUGAUCUGUCAGGCGAAGCUCAAGCUCGGUGAUGUCGAUCAGUUCCCCUCCAUCUCUGUCACCAUUGACGGCGCAGAUGAUGUCGACGAACGGUUGAAUGCGAUCAAAGGCGGAGGCGCCUGUCAUCUUCGCGAGAAAGUGCUGGCAGAAGCAAGUGACGACUUCGUCAUCGUGGCUGACUAUCGCAAGAACAACAAAGUCCUAGGCGAUGCGUGGAAACAAGGCGUACCCAUCGAGACACCGCCCUUUGCGUGGAGUAAAGUUCUGAGUAAUAUCGAAAGGAUACCCGGCGCACUCGAGCCCGUGCUACGGAUGGGCAAAGCGAAAGCAGGUCCCGUCGUCACAGACAAUGGCAAUUUUAUCAUUGAUGCGCCCUUUGAGAACUGGGUCAUGAGGGAACCCGAAGUACUGCUACAGAAGCUCAAGAUGCUCACGGGUUGCACGGAGAUCGGUCUCUUCUGCGGAAUGGCUUCGACUGUCUACUUUGGAAAUGAGGACGGCUCAGUGACCGUCAAGCGAUCAGACGGCACGACAGACACGAUUCACAGCGAGGACAGCUGA